AUGAAUACUCAAAAUACUGCCAAACUUACUACUCCGGAAAACUCUUCUCUUGAAGCCUCUAUUCACGCUCCAGCUUCUGGUUCUGUUUCUUCUCAUUCUCCUGCGGAUCCCUCUUCUACUACUAGAUUCGCCGGAUGGACGUAUGUGUAG